AUAUUACUUACUUGUCACCUCCUCUUUCACAUUCUGCCACUUCAACAAAAAUCCCUUUCAUAUGCUCCCUUAAUUCCACCAAAAUUCUCUGCUAUUUUCACUUUUCUGAAAUAUGGGUCUGUGGGAUUCUUUACUCAACUGGCUUCGUAGCCUAUUCUUUAAACAGGAAAUGGAACUUUCCUUGGUUGGCCUUCAAAAUGCAGGGAAGACAUCUCUUGUCAAUGCCAUUGCUACUGGAGGCUACAGCGAGGACAUGAUUCCGACGGUUGGAUUUAAUAUGCGUAAAGUUACAAAAGGAAAUGUUACCAUAAAACUCUGGGACCUUGGAGGCCAAAGGAGAUUUCGAACGAUGUGGGAGCGCUAUUGUCGUGGUGUCUCUGCAAUAUUGUAUGUUGUUGAUGCUGCCGAUAGAGACAGUAUACCUAUAACCAGAACUGAGUUACAUGAACUUUUGAAGAAACCUUCAUUAAGUGGGAUCCCUUUGCUUAUCUUGGGAAACAAAAUUGACAAAUCAGAAGCUCUUUCGCAGCAGGCAUUGGUCGAUCAACUAGGUCUUGAUUCAACAACGGAUAGAGAAGUCUGCUGCUACAUGAUCUCGUGCAAGGAUUCUGUAAACAUCGAUGCUGUUAUCGAUUGGCUAAUUAAGCACUCAAAGACCGCGAAAUGAAGAGCGCUUCCAGGCUUCUUGAUGCCUAUAGCGGAGGAUAUAGUAAUCUGGAAAUUAGAAUGUAGUAUUUGAUGGUCUUGAAAUGAUCUGCUAAUAUAUUUUCUGGCUGAUCUUUCUUUGUUGGUUCAAUAUAGCUGAUUACAAUUCUGUGUAAUUUAAGCGUUUGAACAGUCCUUACUCAUACAUCUUUCAUUAUGAAUUGACGUUGUUUGUUGUGCUUCUAA